UCCUCGUACGUUGAAGUUGGCCAUGGAACAGCAGCCACUUGGCCAUUUACCAUGCGACGCACAGUGACCACGUCGAUGACCCCAUGGACGACGCUGCUCGAGCAGCGCGAUGUGUUUCGCGUCAUUACGGCGUUUCAGCCCGGCCUGCCGCGCGACCUCGCCAAAGCGUGCACGCGCCAAGCGCGCAUCCUCGACGACCUCUGCUACUCGCUCAACCCGUGGCUUGCCCAGUACAGCGCUAAACCGGUCUUCUACUGCCGCGUGCUCUUUAAGCUCAUUGCAGACGGCCAGCUCGGACGCGCCCACCGCCUCCUCGACGCCGCGCCGGCGCUCACAACGCCCCAAGGCGACUGGGCCUUCCUCUACGCAAUCGACGCGGCGGCGCGUCUUCGCGACCUCGGCCUCGUCCGGCGGCUCCACGCGCGCGGCCUUGGGCGCUGCACGACAGCAGCCAUGGACGCAGCGGCCGCCGCCGGGCACUUUGAGAUGGUCGUCUUCCUCGGCGAGCACCGAACCGAAGGCUGCACGCAAGAGGGGCUCGAGCGCGCGUGGAAAGGCCAGUUCCUUGAGAUCGUCAAGUAUUUGGAGGCCAAAUACCCGCAGCUCGUGUGCCGGAAGAAGCGCCAUUGGCAGCACGUCGUGCGCUCAUGGUCGCGCAAAGCCAUGACGCUGCUGACCGCGCCGCCCGUCUCCUAGUCCUCUGCUAAUUGUUGUCGUCGAUGUCAUGUUAAGACCAAGUACAACGCUUGCAUGUCUUGCGUGUCGACGCCAUGCCGCCGCAAAGCAGCGUGGGACGAUGAAG